AUGUCUACAGCUACAACUACAUCGUUGAGCUACGCAGCCCCUCCAACUUUCCCUGAGGCGGAAAAGUUCGAUGGAGCGAACUGGCUCCAAUGGAGCAAGGCUAUUCUUGUCACCACGAGGCUCCGAGGAGCUUGCAAAUACCUCGAAGGCACCAUACCAAACCUGGCCGCACACCCACUAGCAGCCCCAAUACCACCUUCCCCUUUGACAACCACCCCCGUCGUCACUACCACUACUGCCCCACCACCCACUGCAGCUCCGACACCCUGGACCUACACCUCACCCACAGCCGAGGAAUGGAACAUACACAAUGCCUGGGCAAUGGGCCUACUCACUUGGAACGUCAAAAACGCGGUUGGGCUGGGAGUAAAGACUGAUGGGACGGCGGCGCAGGCCUGGACCUCUCUCAAGUUGCAGUACAAGACAACCUCAGACCUCGCAGCUGUCCUUGCAGACACGGAACUCCGCCUAAUCAAGUUUCAUGACAGUGACAAUCUCCCAACCCACAUCGCCAACCUUUGA